CAUAUCAGUAUCGGGCACUGGCUGCAAAACCAAGAAAGUGGACUUGGUCGCCGGUAUAACGUUCUCUUUAGGGAAUAAACGCGGAACCAACCUACCCUAGACAACUAAAUGAGAGGUAAAUGUGAGCUACGUAACAGAAGGUGUAGGCCUAGAUUGGUAAAGCGUACAACAUGGAAGACGACAUAAACAAAGAUUUAGUUAUUAACGAGAUACCCUGCCCAACCACGGACCCCCCUCCCCCAUACAAUCCCAAUGUCCGAGACCAAGGUAAUCCCCAGCAGCAAUAUUCGCAACCUUACUAUGAGCAACAACAUCCACCUAUAAUGCAACAGCCGAUAUAUUGCAGCCCGCCUGCACAAGGAGCCAAUGAGAUGUUUGCCCGAGAGGAAUGCUUUGCUCAUUGCAUUCGUGUGUGGUGGUGUCGUCCAAUUGGCUGGCUGGCUGUUGCCCAGUUAGAAAAAGCUAAAACUCUGUACUUAGCUGGCGACUAUAACGGUGCUCAAGAAGCCGCCAAACGAGCUAACAUGUGGAGUGCCAUUGGAUUGAUUACUGGUGUUCUUCUGGUUGCUGGAGUUGCUGUAGCUACAUACUUCAUUGUGACUUCUGUAAUGGGCAGCGACUAAUGUAUUCACGUAUGAAAUAUGGAGGCUGUGGAUAAAGCUUUGAUGUAAUAAUUGAGAGAACUAUCUAAUACAGUGACAAAGCAACAAAGGUCAAGAAAGGAAAACGGAGAAAUUGAAAUUUACUGCGACGUACCAAUUAUACUGUAUGUCACUUCGAUCGAACCCAAUGUCUGUUGAUUUGCAAAAACCUCCCUAGUAAUGUACACUGUAGCAGAUAAUUCACAAAAAAAUGACCAAAUAUCUUUCCUCAGAAUGUUAGUAAAAUUGCCUCAAUUCACGGCAGAAUCAAAAUGAGAAUGCGUGAAGCAAAACCAAGAAAUGUGACGGGAUCGAUAGGGUUAAUUGUUAGUCUCCUAUUUUCUGGAUGGCCCUUAUAGGUUAAACUUACUGGCUCCACGCCUCGUGAGAAGCUUAGCUAAGGACUAGGAGAGAGCACGCGUGUAGCCUUGAACUUCCAAUGACCGUCAGCAUUCAUUUGAUUGACAUCAGACUUCACAUUUGUAAUGAUUGGGAGCCUUUGUACAUGAUGUCAGGUUUAAAAAGAAAGAAAAAAAUUCAAGUUUGGUACCAUCGAGCUCCUUGGGUGAAACGGAAUCCGCCCUCACGCACCGGCUGUGAGAUAAGCCAAUGUGACUUCUGUUUGACGGUCAUGUUGUUUUACCCGUGAAUAAAACUGUAACGAUUACAUUCAACUUGAGCAAAUUCUGGUGUUAAUGUUCAUCCUCUCCGGAUAAAUUCAUCAAGCUUUCACAAUCUCAGUUUUACUUCAAGAGGCAGUAGCUUUCCUAAUUGUUAACGUACAUUUAGAACAAUCCUGAAAUUAUUGGCAUUUGAGCCCCACUUAUUUGACAAUAUGCGUCCCGAUAGUCUGCGCAGCUUUGAUCACCAAGCAGGUGCAAUUUACAAACGUUGUAUUAUGAAAAGGAGGGAGUUGUAAGAAGACAUCAAGGAAAAGUAAUCAAUGUGUAUAUGGCUCCCAGUCCUGGUUCGCCUUCAGCAUUUUGUACAGUACACGUGUCGUUUGCAAACUGCCUGGUGUUAGUAUAAUUUGACUCAUUGUUAUAUUCCGGUGUCUGUUAUAAAUUUAGUAUAAGUUGUGAUAUUCUGGUGAAAGGGUAUAGUUUUAGCAAUGAAAAUGCAAUGAUUUGAAAAUAAACAUAGAACCAUCAAAUGCUAUGAAUAUUGAUGUGUAUAAAUUGGAAGCUAGGCAAGGAUCUUUGAGUAACAUUCUUGUAGUGGAGAGUCGCGCGCUCAGUGCAGUCGUGUCUAAUGUGUGCGCGGGACAUGUACAUGAUCAUGCAAAUGCUGUACAUGUAAAGGAGUAAACGCUUGGAGAUGAUCCACGAUCCACUCCAGGUAUCACAGUCCGUAAGACAGCUUUGUCCUUCAGAAAUUGUGUAAGAAGGUAGAUCAGGGGCACUUCGUAUGAGACGUUCAGACUGUGAUGGACUGGUCAUUCCUCAAGCGUAACACGUUGGCCUUGGCGGACGCUAGUAACGUAAACGUGGACCACAAUCACUCUGGCUAAUCUCAACAUCCAUGUGGGUGCGGUCACCCAGGCAGUUAUUAAACCUCCAUGACUUGAAACUAAUGCCUAGCAAAGAGGUCGAUACCUGGACGAGUGUAUCUUGAAGAAAUCAAAGAUAAUCCUUGGGGAGGGACAGCACAAGGCCAUAUUACUGAGAAACAUGGCAGUCUGCAGUGAAGGAAGUGGUUGGAGUAUUAUGUUUAAUUCACUGAGUGUAUAUAUGGGUGAAACAUGAAUGCAGAAAUGAAAUUGUCAAGGAUAAAUAUUUUUUUCUAGCUGCCAAGGGACAGUAUACCCGUCCGUGUUAGUUGAGAGCUUACAGUAUGCAGGAAAUGAUCUUCUCUCGUGGGUACGUUUCUAGCCCCUAGCUGGUUUAAACAUACCUGUUUACAUAAUUAUGACAAAGCACAUACCAGCCAAAUUGGGAGGCCAGACCCUUUGCACAAGACGUCACCUUUGAACGUUAUUAAUGUUCUGUUGUUCUAAUGUUUGAAUUGUUUGGGGGAGGGGCUAAACAACAGUUAUCUAGAUUCCCCGUAGCCCCUUGUAGACUCCCACCUGUCACAUACAUAUAUAUUUUCUCUUAUGCCCGAUUUACGAGAUUUGUACCAAUAGGAAUACAUCGGUCAGACCUGUCAGCUUGCCGGCUGUAAAGAGAACCUAAUUUAUACAAAUGACGGAGUUCAUUUCAGUCCCACUCAGCAGUCUCCCGAAGGCCACCGCCUGCUGGCUCGCCCAGAAGAUAUUUUUGGCGUGACUGUCCUCGGGAACUGGUCUGCUUCGGUCGUUUUUCGCUGUCCUUACCUCGAGGUGACUUGACAGCACCAAUACACUAAGGUGAUACCGGCCAGGUCGAGCUGGACGAUAGAACCCGAACCUUCCAAGAACGUCAUACACUUUGGCGGCUGUCUCGACCGUGGGUUUGCGUAAGAAGAAAUCAGGUGCUUGCAGCAAGAUGGCUGUGCCUUAUCCAGACAGUGUGCCCCACCUUUAAUUACCAGGCACUGGUGGCGAUUAUGUGCGUUAAACGUCCCGGAAUGUGUCUAUACGGAAAAGACCUGUCAAUCACAUUCUGCCUGACUAUGGAUGAUAGGGAAUAAAAGGAAUACAAGACCUCAAUGUGGGGAAAUCAGAAGAAGUGGUAAUAAAUAUCAUCCUGGACCAAGGGUUAGAUUUGACCCACUUUUUGGCUAACCACGACCAAACACGUCGCCCAAGGGCCUAUCUGUAUAUGAUCUCUGCUUGUACAAAUUGGCGCGUAGGGUUAGGGUUAGUAGGGGGCGUCCCCGUAUGGUGACCCUAAAUAACUUUUGACUCCUGUCAACUUUGACCUUGAAACUUUCAGUAAAAA